AUGGUCUCUUUCAACAGCAGUACCAACAGACCCUUUCUUCUGACUGGUUUCCCUGGCCUGGAGGACUCACAUCCAGUGAUCUCAAUUUUGUUUUGUGCACUUUACCUGAUUGCCUUUCUAGGUAACAGUGCUAUCUUGGUGGUUAUCAGGGUUGAAGAGUCACUGCACGCACCCAUGUACCUUUUUCUCUCCAUGCUGGCUGCUAGUGACCUGGGGCUCUGUGCUUCCACCCUGCCCACUCUACUCCAACUUUUCUGGUUCAAUGUCCCUGAAAUAGCAUUUGAUGCCUGCCUCACCCAGAUGUUCUUCAUCCAUGUUUUCUCCCUCAUGGAAUCAGGCAUCCUGCUGACCAUGGCCUUUGAUCGCUAUGUGGCCAUCUCCAACCCACUCAGGUAUACUACUAUUUUGACUAAUGCCACCAUUGCCAAGAUAGGUGUGGGGAUUUUGAUGCGAGCUGUGGCUGUCAUCUUUCCAGUACCCUUUCUCAUUAAAAGGUUGGCCUAUUGUAAGCCUAAUGUGCUCUCUCACUCAUACUGCCUGCAUCCUGAUAUAAUCAAGCUUUCCUGUUCUGACCACCGCAUCAAUAGCAUCUAUGGUCUUGUCAUCAUUCUCAUCACUUUUGGAUUGGACUCUGUACUCAUCCUCCUCUCUUAUAUGAAGAUCCUGAUCACUGUGUUGAGUAUUGCCUCCCGGGAAGAACAAUUCAAGGCCCUCAAUACUUGUGUCUCCCACAUCUGUGCUGUGCUGCUUGUCUAUGUCCCCAUGCUUGGAGUGUCUAUUAUCCAUCGCUUUGGGAAGCAUGUUCCAGCUGUGGUGCACAUUAUCAUGGGCUAUGUCUAUUUAUUAGUACCUCCCGUUCUCAAUCCUGUUGUGUACUGCAUUAAAACCCGGGAGAUUCGCACCCGUAUUCUGGGCAAUCUACUGAAAAUGUAG